GAAUAAUCCUGGUCUUUUACAGGGGGAUGAUGCUCUACAGCAAAACACAUGUCAAGGACACAGCAGGGCGGAGUGCAUUGCAAGCAGGGAAAAUUUCCCUGAAAUAUCAGUUAUUAAUAUUCAACAAAGGAUGUAUAAUAGAAAUAAAAUGUAUAAGAGUCUGAAGUAUAGAAAAAGUUUCAGGCAGAGAGCACACCUUACUUCCCACCAAGGAAUUCACACAGGGGAGAAACCUUACAAGUGCCAGGAGUGUGAAAAAAGUUUUGGAAGAAAAGAUAGACUCAUCUCCCAUCAGAGAAUUCACACAGGGGAGAAACCGUACAAGUGUCUGGAGUGUGACAAAAGCUUCAGUCGGAGAUCAAACCUUUGUGAGCAUCGAAGAAUUCACACUGGGGAGAAACCAUAUAAAUGCCUGGAGUGUGGGAAAAGCUUUCGUUACAAAACCGCUUUUACUUCCCAUCUACGAAUUCACACAGGGGAGAAUCCAUAUGAAUGCCAGGAGUGUGGGACACGUUUUGGAAGAAAAAAUGACCUGAUCAUCCAUCAACGAAUUCACACAGGGGAGAAACCAUACAUAUGUCUGGAGUGUGGGAACAGCUUUAUUUACAGCUCCAGUCUUACUACACAUCAAAGAAUUCAUACAGGGGCGAAACCGUACAAAUGCCUGGACUGUGGGAAAUGCUUCAGUCAGCGUUCACACCUCAGUAGCCAUCAGAAAAUGCACACUGGGGAGAAACCGUACAAAUGUCUGGAGUGUGGGAAAAGCUUCACUUUCAGCUCUAAUCUUACUAAACAUCAAAGAAUUCAUACAGGGGUGAAACCAUACAAAUGCCUGGAGUGUGGGAAAAGCUUCAGUUACAGUUACAGUCUUACUUCCCAUCUAAAUAUUCACACUGGGGAAACACCAUAUAAAUGCCUGGAGUGUGGGAAAAGUUUUGGAAGAACAGAUGGCCUCAUCUCCCAUCAAAGAAUUCAUACAGGGGUGAAACCAUACAAUUGCCUGGUGUGUGGGAAAAGCUUUCGUUACAAAACCACUUUUACUUCCCAUCUACGAAUUCACACAGGGGAGAAACCAUACAAGUGUCUGGAGUGUGACAAAAGCUUCAGUCAGAGAUCAUACCUUUGUGAGCAUCAAAGAAUUCACACUGGGGAGAAACCAUAUAAAUGCCUGGAGUGUGGGAAAAGCUUUCGUUACAAAACCAGUUUUACUUCCCAUCUACGAAUUCACACAGGGGAGAAACCAUAUGAAUGCCAGGAGUGUGGGACACGUUUUGGAAGAAAAAAUGACCUCACCAUCCAUCGAAGAAUUCACACAGGGGAGAAACCAUACAAAUGUCUGGAGUGUGGAAACAGCUUUACUUACAGCUCCAGUCUUACUACACAUCAAAGAAUUCAUACAGGGGAGAAACCAUACAAAUGUCUGGACUGUGGGAAAUGCUUCAGUCAGCAUUCACACCUCAGUAGCCAUCAGAAAAUGCACACCGGGGAGAAACUGUACAAAUGUCUGGAGUGUGGGAAAAGCUUCACUUUUAGCUCUCAUCUUACUAAACAUCAAAGAAUUCAUACAGGGGUGAAACCAUUCAAAUGCCUGGAGUGUGGGAAAACCUUCAGUUGCAGUUACAGUCUUACUUCCCAUCUAAAUAUUCACACUGGGGAAACACCAUAUAAAUGCCAGGAGUGUGGAAAAAGUUUUGGAAGAAGAGAUGUCCUCAUCUCCCAUCAAAAAACUCACACAGGGGAAAAACCAUACAAAUGCUUGGAGUGUGGGAAAAGCUUCACUGUAAGUGCCAGUCUCACUUUCCAUCAAAAAAUUCACACAGGGGAGGGGCUAUACAAAUGUCUUGAGUGUGGGAAAAGCUUCAGUGGGAGAUCACAACUUUGUAGUCAUCAAAACAUUCACACUGGGGAGAAACCAUAUAAAUGCGUGGAAUGUGGGGGAAGUUUUAGAAGAAAAGAUAGCCUUACCAAGCAUCGAAGAAUUCACACUGGGGAAAAACCAUAUAAAUGCCUGGAGUGUGGGGAAAGCUUCAGUUACAGUCACAAACUUACUUCUCAUCAAAGAAUUCACACAGGGGAGAAACCGUAUGAAUGCCAGGAGUGUGGGAAACAUUUUGGAAGAAGAGAUAGCCUCACCUCCCAUCGAAGAAUUCACACUGGGGAAAAACCAUACAAAUGUUUAGAGUGUGGGAAAAGCUUCACUCAUAGUUGCAGCCUUCAGGAACAUCUAAAAAUCCACCCAGGGGAGAAACUUUUUGAAUGCUCAGAGUGUGGAAAGAAAUUCAGUCGGGGUUACAAUUUUCAGCGGCAUCAGAGAAUCCACACAGGGGAGAAACCUUUUGAGUGCUCAGAGUGUGGGAAGAAAUUCCGUUGGAGUGGCGGUCUUCAUGAGCAUCAGAGAACCCACACAGGGGAGAAACCUUUUCAAUGCUCAGAGUAGUGUGGAAAGAGAUUCAGUCAGAGUAGCAGUCUUCAACUGCAUCAGAGAAUCCACACAGGGGAGAAACCUUUUGAAUGCUCAGAGUGUGGGAAGAAAUUCAGUCAGUGUGGCCAUCUUCAGCUGCACUGGAGAAACCACACAGGGAACAAACCUUUUGAGUGUCCAGAAUGUGGAAAGACAUUCAGUCGGAGUGACACUCUUCAACUGCAUCAAAGAAUCCAUAGAGGGGAGAAACAUUAUGAAUGCUCAGAGUGUGGAAAGAGAUUCAAUAGGAGUGGUCAUCUUGAGCAGCAUCAAAGAACCCACACCGGGGAGAAACCUUUCGAAUGCUCAGAGUGUGGGAAGAGAUUCAGUCAGAGUAGUGACUUGAAACAACAUCUAAGAACCCACACCGGGGAGAAACCUUUUGAAUGCUCAGAGUGUGGGAAAAGAUUCAGUCAGUGUGGCCAUCUUCAGCUUCACUGGAGAAACCACACAGGGGAGAAACCUUUUGAGUGCCCAGAGUGUGGAAAGAGAUUCAGUCAGAAUGCUCAUCUUCAGCUGCACUGGAGAAAACACACUGGGGAGAAACCUUUUGAAUGCUCGGAGUGUGGAAAGAGAUUCAGUGACCAUAGCAGUCUUCAACGGCACCUAAGAAUCCACACCGGGGAGAAACCGUAUGAAUGCUUAGAGUGUGGGAAGAGAUUCAGUCAAAGUACCAGUCUUCAAAAGCAUCUCAAAACCCACACAGGGGAGAAACACUUUGAAGGAAAAAAAUCUUUUAAAUGAUCAGAGUGUGGCAUUUCAGUCAGCAGGGAACUGUUCUACAGCUUAUAGUCGUUUUUAUUGCAUGGCAGAGUUACACACAGAUAGUACGUAACAAUGUAAAACAUGUAACUGAAUGUAUAAAAUACAAUGGGUACACAGA